ACUUCGUGCAUGGCAACGUGUUUUACAUUCAUCAUUGGUAAUAUUAUUGACGUUGUUGGAUUUUGUAGUGCAUAUACAUGGUCAUACGUUACAAAGAGUUCUGUUUUGACGUGGAUGAGAGUGGUCUUGUCUGCACCGGUAACAGACAAGCAGAUGAGCAACUAACCGGCAAAUCUGGAAAAGGGAGCGCCCCCAGCUCCAGCACCGUGAAGGAAAGAAAGAAAUUCCAGAUUUUUUCAAGGGAUAAGGGUGGAGGAGUUAGCAAAGUAGAGAAGGUUGCUGCUGGAAACGAAGGUACAAAUGAUGUUAAGGUUGAAAAUGUUGCAGAGAAAUCAGGAGUUAAGGAUUUGGAAUGGGAAUCAGUAAAGUUAAAAGAGAGGUUCCAGGAGCAGCAAGAGCACAAGAGUGAGAAAUGUGACCAGCUGGUCUCUCCUGCCCGGCUAAAAAGCAACCAUGGCACGAGGGACAUCUACAUUGACAGCAUUCCAAGGAAAUCACCACUCAUCACAGGAGACAAAGGGAACUUAAAAGAAAGAAACGAAAAGGAUAGGACCAACAGAUUUGUGGUCUCCUCUCCCCAGGGUGGCGGCAACGCGAUAUUGUAUGCAAAAGAGAGCCUGUACAGUCGGAAGAAGAAUGAGACAAAGAGAUCGAGCACUUUGGUGCUCAGGAUCAGACUGCAUUGUGAUGACUGCAUUCGGAAAAUACAAAAGUACAUUUUAAAGUACAAAGGAGUUGAAUCGGUGGUUAUAGAUGCAAGCAAGGAUCAAGUAUCAGUGACAGGGGUAGUGGAAAUGAAAGAACUCGUACCUUACCUGAAAGACAAGAUCAGGAGGAAUGUUGAAGUGAUUCCCACAACAAAAGGAGGUGAUGAAGAGAUUAAAGACAAGGUUAAUACGGGUGGUCUUGGUGGUGAUGAAGAUUAUGGCAAGAAAGAAGAACAAACUCCGCUCACCAAGAAUGUAAACCAAAGAGAUAACCACUGGUCACUACCUCAUCCUAUCACACAUUCGAACGAUGGAGAAAUCCAUAAUUGGAAUUAUGGCACGGAAGCUUACCAAGGUUACAUGAAUCAGGGAGCUGCAUAUCAGCGAUUCAAUCAAUCAUAUGCCUCUGACAUUUUCAGUGACGAGAACCCUAAUGCCUGCUCCAUCAUGUGACAGAUCAGUUGUGCUCGAGAACAUGGAUUAAGAGAGAUUGUGCUUGAGAAUGCUGUAAAUAACCAAGUAUGCAGUGUAUAUAGGUCUUUAAGGUCAAAGAAGCGUUUCCAAAGUCAUUAUGUUGACAAAAGAAAGGUAAUACUUCCCUAGAAAGGAGGAAAAUGAAAAGAGUAAGGGGAAACUAUUCAUUUAGAGUGUAGCUGCCAGUUGGGACACUUGAGCCCUGCUAACACAUUUGGCCA